UUAGGUGGUUAGGAUUGGACAUGAAAAACUGGUCAUGGGCAGGCGAAACCUCGGGGAAUGUUGCGGCCACAAGUCCUACAAAGGAUAGUGAUAUUGGGAGAAAGAGUGUUGGGUCGUGCAUUCACCAAAUUGCAUAUGCAAGCAGCUGCCUCCGCAUCAGAAAGAUCACGGAUGAGUGAACAACAUGGCUGCGCAUUUUCAAAGUCUAGGAAAUUUCCGGAACGUCUUAGGACAUUGGAACAUGCCCUUAUUUGGCCAGCAUUCCUCGGACAUGUGCUAGGCGGGGGUGGCGGUGGUUGGACAUUUGGUGGAGGAGUCUUUGGUGGAGGGGGUGGUGGUGGAGUCUGCGGUGGAGGCAUUGGUGGUUGGGAGUUUGGAGCAGGUGGUGGUGGUUGGGAGUUUGGAGGAGGUGGUGGUGGAGGAGUCUUUGGUGGAGGGGGUGGUGGUGAAGUCUGCGGUGGAGGCAUUGGUGGUUCUGAAUUUGGAGGAGGUGGUGGUGGAGUCUCCGGUGGGGGAGUCUUUGGAGGAGGCGGUGGUGGUGUAGUUGGAGGAGGUGGUGGAGGAGGUGGUGGUGGAGUCUUUAAUGGAGGCUGUGAUGGUUGGGAGUUUGGAGUAGGCGGUGGUGUGUUUGGAGGAGGUGGUGGUUGUGAUGUUGGUGGCUGAGGACACGGUGGAGGCGGUGGGAGUCGUGGACAGGGUGGAGGAGGCAUUGGUGCUGGACACGGUGGAGGCGGAAUCAUCGCUGGUGCAGGACAUGGUGGAGGCGGAAUUUUUGGACAUGGUGGAGGCGACAGUGGUAGUGGACACGGUGGACACACCCGUGGCGGUGGAUAAUGGCAGUGAAGGGGUAAGCUGUGGGCUUCGGUUUGGCUGGGGAAGACGAUGCUGAUCACUGCUAGGAAGAGAGCUAACGUUUUUGUUGAACCCUGUGGGGCCAUUUUGUCAAAUUGUACGGGAAUUGGUGAACUUAGAUGUAGGAGGCUGUGAGUAUUUAUACAUGAUACUGGAGCUUCAUUCUGCCACUUGUUUCAUUGCCAAACCUACUUGUUGCUCGGAGGUGGUUUCAUUGCUCAAAUGCGUAAGCUAGUUGGAGAUUUUCCGGUUAUGAAUGCUUCUAUUAGCUUAUCGAUGGAUGCAGUAUAAUAAAUAGGUUAGGCAUCCAAAUCGGUCGUAGCCGUUAGAUGAAGGCUAUUUGCAUGGAGAUGCAUUACUUCUUAUCCAGUUAUAAUAUUCUGGAGAUGGGACUGAAGCACUAUGCAUGCAUUAGCAAUAUAUUUGUAGCGGCGAUCAAUUCUAUUGCAGAGUAGUGAUUGGUUAUAUAUUUGUGGGAGUUUUUAUUUAAGCUGGACUAGAUUGGUGGACAUGUUCCAUGAAUUCCAUCUUACAAACCUUUUUAGGUUAGCGAUGGGGACACAGUAAA